UUUUCCGCUGCAUCAGACCCGAUCCGAUCCGUUUUCGCGGAACAUUGCAAGACGAUACGGACCUCUUUGUUUUGAUUAAUUCAUUUAAUUACGGCAUACGUUUACCUUGAACGAAAUCGACGCGGUCCGCUUUACAAUAUAUUACACGGAAUGUGUAAGAGUUGAGCGUUACGCCCGGCACGGACUGGCCGAUUCGCGUUCGCCUCAAUUAUCACCUGAAUCGAAAAUACAGUGCGUUCAUUGUUGUUUGGUGCGAUUCACGACGGGGAAACCGGAAUCAAUAUUUGCCGUUGGUGGUAGCGACUCGAAAACACGAACGUCUGCCACGCACUGUAUCUGUAUAUAUGUUAUACCGGGCCAGUUUCGUCAUGUGUACGAAACUUGAUUAACGUCGACUUUUUAUUCAUGCCGAUUUUUGUGUGUGACCGAUUAUCGUUUUAUCGAUCAAACAUCGUUCUCAUUGUGCUAUUAUGAUUGUGGACUUUGAGGUGCUAAAUGUGUCGUGAACCGGUCGAGGAUGGAGAAAGUCGUCUUGGCGUGUGUGUUUGUGGCCAGUGUUGCUGUGGCCUUUGACCAAACAGGCAGCUUACACUCGGAAUGCAAAUUAUCGACGGAUUGUGAUGGAAUUGGCUACUGGUGUAGCAAAAAUAUGACUUGCCAGUGUUUACCAGGAUAUGUUCCCAAUACAGAACUGAAAACAUGUCUUGCUGCUGUCGGCAAAAAAUGCCAAUACGACGACAACUGCAUAAAAGGCGCCUUUUGUAAAAACCAAGAGACAUGCGAAUGCAAGGAAUUCCUGCUCGCGAGCUUCGACAAACUGUCCUGCAACGCGGUCACAGACAUUGACGAUCCUUGCGACAAGGAUAUUCAAUGCUCCAAAUUCCUGACUGGAACGCUUUGUUCACGUGGUAAAUGCGCUUGUCCCGACGACAAACAUUUGUACAACAAAAAAUGCAUUCGGACUUCUUACAUUGGUGAUCGUUGCGAUUCCGUUGCUCAAUGCGAACGCAGGAGGGGCCUGAAAGGUCUGGUCGCAUGCCAGGACAAUGUUUGCGUUUGCACUGUUAAAGAGGAUCCUGCUGUGUGCAGUGCCACUGUCAAUGUUACUAGUGUUUUUGUUAUCUUUUGUCACAUGCUGUUAGUCAUUAUAUGGUGAACCAUGAGCAGCAGUGGGAUUUUAUUUGUCUUAUUUUUUAGUACCUAGUUGCCUAGUCAGUAUUAUAAUACUUACUUUUCAAUGGUUCAAUGUAUUUAUUGAACAAUUUCUAAUUCAUUUACUUUUGGUUUUUAACCAUACCAAAAAAUAUUUGGUAUUACAUUUAAAUUUAAGUGAAUCAUUUCAUUUUCGAAUAUUUUUUAUCUUUUUUGCCACAUGUAUAUAUGGUUAAUGUACAUAAGUACUUGUAUUAUUUUUGUAAUAAACGAUUUUCAAAACGAA